GAAUUGACCGAGCCGCAGGGAGAAGCUGCGUUUUCCGCAUCAGCAACCAUAGGCGAUGAAUCAUCCAGUAUUCCGUACAAUAAUAACGCUGUUUUCUCAUAACAAGCACGUGUAGUUUUUAUCAAAAUGGAGGAUUUAUUGUACAUCAACAUAUCUGAUCCAUCACUUUGGCGUUUGUAUGAAAUAAUCUGCUGUCUAUGAUUAUGUGUAUACAUUCUUGGAUCGACAUAAUCAAAAUACUGUCGUAACCACCUGUGGACCUUCGCCGGUUCUGGUACCUCCCGUUUUUGAGGAGAUGAUUGAUGUAUCCCUGGGCCCCUCCCUUAGUCGGAAGAGGACGUAUGGGUUGGUGCCAGGUUCCAUUAAACAGAACGGCGCACACGGAGACAAGAGUCCGGAGAUAGAACAGGAUCCGGAUCGAGUUCCCGAGUCUUUCACAAUGACUUCGAUCAAAGACGGUCAAGCGCCAGAGGGAGGGAAAAGAUGUACUUCAUUAUUUGUUCUAAAACUGACAACAAUCAUCGCCAGUGUGUUAUGUGUCAUAUUCCUCGUCGUUGUCAUCAUCUUAGCUGUCAUCAAACUAGACAAACCAACAUGCGUUCCAGGAUUUAGUGUUGUUCCAAGAAACCUUGAUAAUCCGCAAGUGUUCGAUGGGCUUACUCCAAAGGAGUACUUGUCAGCACGUGACUACCUCCUAAACGACAAAACAUUAAACUUAGUGCCAUUUUCUCAAGCAAUCAUCAAUAGUUCGUAUAUAUACAUGAUUGAUCACCUAAUGCCUUUAAAAGACGCAGUUUUGAAAUAUUUAAAAGGUGUAUCUAAGAUGCCCGAACGGACAGCAAAAGCGAUAAUUAUUAGGGGUGAUUUGAAUCCGCCUCGAGUUGAGGAAUACAUUGUUGGACCGUUGCCAAAUCCUACGUAUCAUAAAUUAGCGACAAAUCCGUCCUUUACAAAGUCUAGAAUUCCAUAUAGUGCCAAACCUGUAGACGAUGUGGAAUACGGCCAAUUAUACGCCAUGUUGUUCAAUAUAUCAGUGGAUUUGUAUCCAUUGCUAUAUGGAAGUUAUAAACUCUCGUAUCAUAAUUGUACAAAAGGAGUUGACUGCCUGGUUUGGUUUGAUAUCGCACCUAGAGGACGUGUUAGUGGGGAAAGGAAAACCUGGUUUUGGUCAUUUAGAGAUGUUGAGGGGUUUUAUCUGCAUCCAUUGGGACUAGAAAUACAAAUCGAUCACUUAUCUACCGACCCAAAGGAAUGGAAAGUAACCAAAGUGGUUUACAACGGUCAGAUGUUUUUCGAAGUUGAAGAUCUUGUUACUCGUUAUAAAGGAGUUAAUUUACUAAGAAAAAUUAACUAUGAAACUUUAGGCGCUAGAGAGUAUUUAUACUCAUCAUACAACCGUAGAGGACAAAGUGAAAUGCCUGAUCCACUUCAAGGGCCUAAGCUUGUAGAACCCGAUGGGCGUCGGUACCACAUUGACGGACAACAUGUAUCAUACAUGCACUGGGACUUUAAUUUCAAAAUGAGACCCUCAACUGGUCUACAGAUUUUUGAUGUACGGUUUCAGGAAGAAAGGAUUGCGUAUGAAAUAUCCUUACAAGACGCUGUUGUGUUUUAUUCAGGCUUUGGGCCUGUACAAGGAACCAGUAAUUAUUUCGAUGCUUCUUGGAUGAUGGGGGCCACAUGCAAUGAGCUUGUUCCUGGCGUGGAUUGUCCAGAAACAGCGGUAUUUUUCGAUGCCGAUCUCCUUACAAAUUCACACAAGCCUUGGAAGAUUAAGAACUCCGUUUGUGUGUUCGAAGAUACAGCAAACAUGCCACUACGCCGUCAUUUUACAAAUUCUGCAAAAGGUUACAGAGAAUAUGGGGGAUUAGUAGAUUAUCAUCUUGUCGUAAGGACGAUUACCAACAUUUGGAACUAUGAUUAUAUUUUUGAUUACAUAUUUCAUCAAAAUGGUGCUGUUCAAGUCAGAACAUCUGCCACUGGGUACGUUCAAGCAACGUAUGCCUUAUACCAAGAGAGAAAAUUUGGAUAUCCUAUUUAUAAUGACGUAGUGGCCAACAUACAUCAACAUCUGUUCAACUACAAAGUAGAUCUGGAUAUCAACGGUGUUCAGAAUAGUUACGCCACUUUAGAUGUAUCAACGCAGAAAUCAAAAGUAGAAUGGACUAAAGGUGCCUAUAAAACUGAAAUGAUUUUUGAGAAAAAUAUUCAGCAAAAUGAGCUGGACGCUGGUCCUGGACAAUUAAAUAAUACGAAACCAAAGUACGAUAUAAUUCUAAAUGAACAUGCCACUAGCAAAUUUAAAUCGGAGCGAGGUUACCGAAUUCUCAAUCACGGGAAAGUUAAAUUCAUUUUGGAGGAGAGUGAGGUUACUAAAGCAGCAAAUUGGGCCAAAUACCCAUUAGUGAUAACAAAAUAUCACGAUUUCGAAGAUAUGAGUACCUCCAUAUAUGCACAAAAUGACCCUUGGGACCCACUGCUGGACUUUGACAAGUUCAUACAAAACAAUGAUUCUAUUGUUAAUACAGAUCUUGUGGCAUGGGUCACAAUGGGUGUGUUACACAUCCCCCACACAGAAGACGUCCCAUCAACCACCACUCCCGGAAGUCAAGUGAACUUUUUUCUACUUCCUUUUAAUUAUUUUACAGAGUGCCCCAGUGUUUCGUCACCAAAUACCGUGAAAAUUAGGCCUAAACAAGAGGGUGGUAUUGAUUUAAACACUUACGGUACCACUUUUGAAUCAAAGUGUGUUCAGAAAUCAAAUGGACCAGAAACGUUCGAUGGACGCAUACAUAAUGUGGAUUUAUAAUUACUGUGAUAUUUCAACUUCAUUAUUGUAUUCAUGUUAAUAAAUUAUUACCUAUAUAGAUAUAUAAAAAGUAUACAGUCAUAUUGCAUUCUAUAUAUAUAGAUAUUGGAUAUGUUUAAUUUUUAUCUUUGUAAUACAACGUUAAUGGCUUUGGCGAA